UGUAUGGAUGUUGUGUAUAUAAUACGAUCGGAGGAGGAAGCAUUUCGUGAAUGCGUAAAUUUUUACGGCUUUCACUCGACUUAACCAGCAAUAAUCAACUCCUUUUACACUGACAGGUUUCAAGAUGUUGUCGCAGUCUAAUUACCUAGGAUUCUAUAAGAAUCCCGUCACCAAGGGUCUGUUGACCAGUGUUGCUUUUCUGUCGACCAGCUUAAUUGUUAUGGGCCCACGUUACCAGCAGUUCUUUGCGUACACAACAGAAUCACUCACAGAAAACUUGGAGAUGUGGAGGUUAUUAACAAGCAAGCUGGCAUUUCUAGAUCCAAGGAAUUUAUUACUGGGACUGGUGCUUAUGUACAAUUUCCGUUUGUUUGAAAAACGAUACGGUUCCACCAAAUUUGCAUCCUACCUGUUUGCCAACGGAGUGAUGACCACAUUUUUAGAACUGGCCGCACUAUUUGUCUUUCAGAGUUUCCAACAGGGUAACAUCCCAUUACACUGGAGCCAGGGACCGACUGGAGUCGUAGCAUCCUUUUUUGUGCCGUUCUUCUUGGAUGUGCCGUACAUUUCAGCGCCGAAUGUUUUAGGGCACAUCCUGAACGGGAAGUGGUUGGUAUACAUCUUAGGGUUACAAUUAUUAUCUCAGUCAACACAGUCCAGCAUCGCCGUAGGAUGCGGCCUCCUCUCAAGCCUGCUGUACCGCCUCAACUUCCUCCACCUGCGGUCCUGGCUGCGCAUCCCCACGCCCCUGACCCGCCUCUCGGCUGCGCUACUGGGCCCCCUCCUGAGGUCGCCUCCCCCCCGGGAGGGCCCCGUACCGAUGGGGGCCACCUUGGAGAUCCAGCGGCAGCAGCGGAUGGAGCUGAUGGAGCAGCGGAUGCUUCUGGCGCAGGCGCGGCAGUUCAGACAGCAGCAGGCGCUGGUAAGGGGAGUCACCCCUUCCACCAGACCAACUAUUAGUGCACCUUUUGCUGGGAGGACUGCGGGCAACUUAGCGUCAGUAUUUAGGCAACGUCACAGCCGCAACAGUAAUUCAGGCGAUACACCUGACACAGAGCCAGGCAGUGCCCCGCACUCAAGCCAGACACAAACGAGUCGAGACACGAGCUCAGUACCAGAAGAACAGGUGCAGCAACUCACAGACAUGGGUUUCAACCGAAGGGCUGUGGUCCAAGCCCUCCUGGCUACACACAACAAUGUUUCCAUGGCAACAAACUUGCUUCUCCAAGAUGGCUGACUGCCAGAUAUUCCCUUCUGUGCAGGUUUUCACGUUACGGGACUGGGGAUGAGGUAGUCCCCUCUUUGGCUUUUAAAAAGAAAAUGCAUAUUUAGAUGGAAUUCAUUGCAUUUUACCAUUUGUGGAGGUGCAAGGAGACCAGACAGUAAAAUCGCAAUAUUUGCUCUGUGCAGGAACAAGAAAUGGUAUGUUGUUACAUGGCAAUGAUAGUCCUUUGUCGGGAAGUCAAGUUAGGCAUGCCCAGUUUCAUGCCAGCUUGGGGCGGGAUGCGCUGACCCAUUUCUCCUGGCAUGUACGCUGUCUUCAUGAGCGCUGGGCACCAAACCAACCCAUCCCUUCUUUGCUGGUAAGGGGUGCUCCAGGUUCAGGUAAAUCGAGUAUGAGGAAAAGUGACAAAUGAAAUCAGAUAUGAACAUCAUAGAUACCAUUCUUUUUUUUCCAUGUAGGUGACACUGUCGAUGCACCUUAACCCUAACCCCCUGGGGACCAUUGAAAUCUGGCAUAACCUUGGGUUCAGCAUGGUUAGGGUUAUUCAUCCUCAUGCAUAAGAUAGCACCCAUGACUACCUGUGAGCAAAGAGCAGAAGAGGCUUGUAGUGGUUUUUUUGUUUUUGCAUGGUGUUAAUGUUGGGUUUGUUUGGUCGAUGUGCUUGAUCGUACGAUUUUUGUGCAAUUGGUCAAUCUUACUGCAUGGAUUGUCAAAACGCCACUAUCAGCCAACCGCCUUUCCUUCUUAAUUCAUGGUGUUGAAAGAUUGUUUCAAAAAAGGGGUCAGUAGUUGGAGAAUUAAUGCAGAAUUGACCCAUCUUGCAGACUGGUAAUGGGGAUCAGCCGACUCGGUGCCGGGGUGCCCAAAAUUGAACAAAGGAGCUUGGCCUUGUAACAAAAGAUCGUACUUGGAACAAUAGACCGAGCUGCUGGGAAUUGCUAACAUUUUUCAGCACAGAGUGCUGGCAUUAGUGGAGGUAAUCCGUUUGCGGCAUUUAGCGCCCACGGAUUAUCAGCGGGGACAAAAGUGCUUCAGCACUCCAGCGAUGAGCAAUACAGUACCGCUGCACGCUAAUCUGGCCGCAUUUGAAAAGACACCACUGCCAUUCAGCAACACACUUGGCCAAUUUUGGGAACAAAUGAAAUUACGCCACACCGUACAAUGUAAACUCCCUUUACCGGGCGGCAGGCCUGGCUUCAAUGGAGGUUGCCUGUCGGAUUAGAGUAGCCACCGGGCCCAUAUUCAUAAAAGCCUGCUAAACUAGCAGCCAGCUAGGCUUUAGUAAGCUGCAAAAUACCUGCUCCAUAGUUUCCUAUCAUUUUCAUAUUCAUAAAACUCUGCUAAGGACAUUCCAGGUAGUUGUCAACUAGGAUUUGAUUAGUUGUCAACUUAGCGGUUGGCACUGUCCCAAACCACAAAUUACAAUAUGGGUCAGUUUCACUUUCAAUAGGAUUGGUAUGUUUAUGUGGCUAGACAAUAGAGUUGUGCAUGUACCAACUGCUGUGUGUGUCUACAUAAUGCAACGUACAAACUGUUCUCUGUUAUCCACAUCGUAAACACACAUGCUCAAAAUGGAGGAUACACGAGCAGGCAACAGAAAGAAAAGAAAAUCUAGUUAUUCUCAGGAAGAGAAUUUAUUCGUAGCUGAAAAGUAUGAUGAAUACAAAGAUGUCAACGACAGUAGACAUAAAGAUGCAAACACCAACUGGAAGAAAGAAAGGUUUAGUUGUCAGCUAGAGACUUAGAGGUACCCAAGACCACCUCUAAAUUAACAGACAACUUAGCAGUCAAUUAAUCUUAGCAGCGUUUUAUGAAUAACACU